CGGGCGGUUUUCAAUAGUCAGUCGAGCGAGUGAGUUGAGUCCGGUUAGACAGUGGUUUAUUUGGAAGACAUGUUUUGAGUGUGUAUUUUGUGAAGGUGUGCGGCAAAUUGACGUGUGAUUUACAUGCUUUUUUGGUCCAGUGUAAGCGAUCAAAGGUGCCCUAGGUGUAGAGCUACAUGUGAAGUGUUGUGUACCCUGUUAACCCGGUCCCGCAACCAUGAGCUGGGGAUCCGAACUCUGGGACCAGUUCGAGAAUCUGUCCCUCCACACUCAAAAGGGAAUAGAAUUUCUGGAACGCUAUGGACAUUUCAUACGUGACCGAUGUGCGAUAGAGGAAGAAUAUGCCGCGAAAUUGAGACGUUUAGUGAAAACUUAUCAGCCGAAGAAGAAAGAGGAAGAAGAUUAUCAGUAUAGUCCGUGUCGAGCGUUUAGAAAAGAAUUAAAUGAAGUUAACGAUCAGGCUGGACAGAGGGAGGUGAUUGCAGAGAAUCUGCAGGAAACAGUAUUACGAGAAUUAAAUAUUCUCGUCAAAGAAUUCAAGGAGGAUAGAAAGAAGCAUCUGCAGGAAGGCAUCAGACUCCGAGCAAGUUUGGCUGGCCAAAUUGGAAAUUUGGAGCGGGCAAGAAAAGCCUAUGAGAAAGCUUUUCGCGAGGCAGAGCGAGCCCUUGAAAAUUAUCAAAGGGCUGACGCUGAUUUCAAUCUCUCCAGGGCUGAGGUGGAAAAGCAGAGAAUGAACAUGACAUUAAAAACACAGCAGAGUGAAGAAGCGAAAACGGAGUACGCAAAUCAAUUGCAGAAGACGAAUGAAAUGCAAACUCUGCAUUAUUACACUUCAAUGCCGGAAGUGUUCCAUCAUUUACAGGAACUCGAUGAGAAGCGAAUAAAAAAUAUGAGAAAUUACAUGUUGAAAUCGGUGGAUAUUGAACGUGCGGUCGCUCCAAUAAUUGCCCAGUGUCUCGAUGGAAUAGAAAAAGCCGCUAACGAGAUCAAUGAAAAGACAGACAUGCUUUUGGUGAUUGAACGUUAUAAAAGUGGCUUUCAACCACCUGGCGAUUUUCCCUUCGAAGAUCUUUCUGUGGCAAAAAAUUAUGACAGUAAUAGUCAAUUAUCCCAACCUGUUAUGCAGCCGAUACAUAAUCAUUUGACGGUUAAAGGCACCGUAUCAGGUGGCAAAAUCAAAAAGAGAGUUGGAAUCUUCAAUAUUUUUAGUAGUAAUAAGAAGUUGAUCGAGGUGUGCAUAUCUUUAAAGAAUAAUGUACCUGGUUAUGGUGAUGGUGUGAAGGAGGAUUGCAGUGAUUUACCUCCAAAUCAAAGGAAAAAGAGAUUACAGCAGAGGCUUGACGAGAUUCAUGCGAAAAUACAACAAGAAACGGCGGCGAGAGACGGUCUCAUGAAAAUGAAAGGCGUCUAUGAACAAAAUCCAGCUCUCGGCGAUCCCACAAGUAUACAAGGUCAACUGAAUGAAUCGAGUCAGAAACUUGAUAAAUUAGGAACAGAACUAAUCAAAUUUCAAGGAUAUUUAGAAGACGCGAUGAAAGCCGGAGUCAGUUUGUCCAGUCCAAGUCAAGUGCAGCGAAAGCCAACGACCAACGGUUCAGCGACACGGCCGUUGAGUUCGAGAAGAUCGAGUCAUUCCGGAGGUGAGGAAAGUCUGUCGAGGUCAGCGUCAGAUUCUAGUGUAAGCAACGCGAAUGCCAAUCAACCAGUGCAUAAAAAAAGCGCUCCUGGAACUCCACAACCAACACACGGUUCCACGAACAGCCCGGAGUCUGGUCUUGGAGCUUCUCGGACGUCCCUGCCAGGAAGUGGCGGCGAAGAAUAUUACAUCGAUGAGGUCGACGCGCAACCGCCUCUUGGAACUUGUCGUGCUCUCUAUCCCUUUGAUGCAACCAGCGAAGGAUCGAUACCAAUGUACGAUGGCGAGGAACUCUACAUGAUCGAGGCGGAUGCGGGCGACGGUUGGACGAGGGUUCGUCGCAUUUCACAGCCAAUCGAAGGAUUUGUUCCCACAUCAUACAUAGAAUGUCAUCUCUACAAUACUUAGCCAUCGGAACCAGGUCACUAGUGGACAAGAAUUUCGCUCCAAUCACAAAGAAAAAACUGUUGUUUCUUUUUUUGUGGAAGAUAUUUUUCCCAAAAAGAAAAAUAAAAAAAAAAUGAAAGUGACUCUUCAACAGGGCCUAGGAACAAAAAUCCAAGUACCAUUUGCUUGGCAUCAACAAGUAACACAAUUCUAUUUCAAUCCCUUUUGAAAGAAAAAAAAAAAUUACCCAGAAUAACCAUUCUGUGGUUUUUCUUUAUGUGCCACAAAAUUAAAAAAACAAAAAUAUUCACCUCGCGAUCAUGCAAUCUUACUUUUUUUCUCGUUCAAAUUGCGUGCAAUAUUUGCAGGUGAUAUUUAUUCAAAAAAUGCUUUAUUUCUGUUCAUAGGGGAAAAAAAAUGAACAGAAAACAAAUUUAUUUAGAUCGACUCAAAGCCCUUUUUAUCGUUACAUUUUUUUUAAGCUUUUGUAAAUAUUGUGGAAAAAGGUUCUCUUGUAAUGAGAGAAAGAGAAAGUUAGAGAGAGAGAAAGAAAUAUGAAUGAAUGUUUUGAUCUUAUUUGUUGAAUUACAAAUUACGAGUUUUUCACGGGGAUCUUUGUUUUUUUUAUGUUAAAAAAUCUCACUGACUUUAAUUUUUUAAUGUUAAAAAUUUUAAAAAAUCGUUUUUUUCUCGUUAUGUUCGCGAUUAUUUUUUAUUUUUGAAAAUAUUAAAUCUGACUUUAGCUAUACAAAUUUAAAUGUUAUAUUUUGUUCCUCGUGCUCAGGAUUUUUUUUUAAUUUGCGAAUUGCUCAUCUAAAUGUCUUUAAAUUCCGGAGUGAAAAGCUAGUCAAAGCAGGUGAGGAUCGUUGAAUGUUAGAUUUACUAGAAAAUAGAAUGAAAAAGAAAAAAAAAUUAUCUCACCCAUCCGGAAAUGAAAAGGAUUUUUUUUUACUGUAUAGUUUAGUUUUGUUUUUGGUGAAGACUCGUAAUUCCUUGAGAAUUUCUCAUGAUCUAUGAUUUUGCAUUCUUUAUUUGGUGCAAAUAAAAAACAUUUUUUUUACGUAAAUUUUUUUUUUAAAUAGUCAUCACCGCUCGUCGCGUAUUUUUAGUCUUACGUGUAUAAUGUAAAUAUUUCUAUAAAUAAUAUACUUAAUUGUUAAACAAAAAAAAAAAUUUUUUUUGAUAAGCGACAAGGUUUAUUAGUUAAGUUAAAAGAAAUGAAGCAAAUUUUCCUUCCCUAAUUUUAUCAAUAGUUGAAAAAAAGAAACUUUUUUUUACUUUGUCCCCAAUUUAUAAUUUAUAUUAUAAUAGAAAUCCUGUAUUUUAUAUACUUCAAUUUAGAAAUAAUUCUUAAACUGUGCUUUUAAGAAAAAGAAAAGAAAACUUAAGAGACUUGUCAGCACAUCGCUCAUAUUUUUGAGAUUAUGCUGUAACUCACAGAUUUAUAUAUAUAUAUAAAUAUAAUUUAUUGGCGCAGUUUAAAUGUUUCUUCGACUAAAAAAAAAAAAUAUAUAUAUAUAUAUAUAUACUAAAGCAUGAGAGAAGUUGAUUACUUUUUUCUCUGAAAAAAAGAAAUAAAAAUAAAACUGUGACUUAGAAUUUAAAAAAACAGAAAAACAAAUGUUGAAUAGUGAAAAAAAAAUUACUGUCGAAAAGUGUGAAAAUGAGUUUCUAAUUGAACAAAAAAAGAAACAAUUUUCAAAUCGAAAAAAAAUUUCCAAAUUAAAAAUCUUUCACACGUUUGGAUAUUUCCAAUAGGAAAUGAACAAUUAGGAAAACAAAAUUUUUUUAAAUCGUGUUUUGGUUUAAAAAGGAAAAUGAAUAAAAAAGUUUAAUUCGAAACUCAAUAUUUAGAAAAGAAUAAUUACACAACUGAUGUGUGAUUAUUUAGCUUUUGCUUGAGAACAAAAAAAUUCAGUUUUUGAUGAACUGAUUUUUUGAAAGCGUUGAUAGCAUUCUAUGUAUAUGUAUAUUUUGUGAUUUUUUUUAUCCAUUGACAAGUAUUGUAGAUAAUUAACUAUAUGACUCAUACAUUUAAUUAUUAUUCAUUGAUAUAGAAAAAUAUAGGUACUAAACCAAUACAA